CCUAGUAGACCAGAUCCUCAACCAAGUGAUCUUCCAUUAUAUACAGGUACUCUCGUACUUACCGGUUCCUCUACAUUUAGCUCCUUUGACGCGGACUUGAACGUCUCAUUUUUCUUUUGGAAUACGUCGAUGGCGUCCUGGAUAACCUGGAGAACAAGAAGCGUAUCAUUUCUCCAGUUGCCUUGUCAGCCACAAAAGAUGUCAGCCAGGCCCGGGUUCUAUCGACAGGAGCUGAAUAAGACGGUUUGGGAGGUGCCCGAACGGUACCAGAACCUGACGCCGGUCGGCUCCGGAGCCUACGGUUCAGUGUGUUCCGCCUACGACGUCAUCCUGCGACAGAAAGUUGCGGUGAAGAAGUUGUCGCGUCCGUUCCAGUCGCUCAUCCACAGUCGUCGUUCGUACCGGGAACUCCGGCUACUCAAGCACAUGAAACAUGAGAAUGUAAUAGGGCUGCUGGAUGUAUUCACACCUGCUGCUACACUGGAAGAAUUCAAUGAACUCUACCUGGUGACAAACCUGAUGGGCGCGGACCUUAAUAACAUUGUGAAAUUCCAGAGGUUGUCAGAUGAGCACGUGCAGUUUCUGAUUUACCAGCUACUACGUGGCCUCAAGUACAUCCAUUCAGCCGGAUUGAUUCACAGAGACCUGAAGCCUAGUAAUGUGGCAGUAAAUGAGGACUGCGAGCUGAGGAUUCUUGACUUCGGGUUGGCCCGGCAAACUGACGACGAGAUGACAGGGUACGUGGCGACCCGCUGGUAUCGGGCGCCGGAAAUCAUGCUGAACUGGAUGCACUACAAUCAAAAUGUUGAUAUUUGGUCAGUGGGAUGCAUUAUGGGAGAGCUGCUGAAGGGAAAAGUCCUUUUUCCCGGCACUGAUUAUAUCGACCAGCUGAAGAGAAUCAUGGAAAUGGUCGGAACUCCAACCCCGGACCUGCUGGAGAAAAUCUGCUCCGAGCAUGCACAGAAGUACAUCCAGUCUCUGCCUUUUAUGCCUCAGCAAGAUCUCGAAAAGAUUUUCCGGGGAGCAAAUCCACUAGCCGUCGACCUUUUGAAGCGUAUGCUAGUGCUCGACUGCGAUGGGAGAAUCUCAGCUAGUGAGGCUCUGGCCCACCCUUACUUCUCGCAGUAUCACGACCCGGAUGAUGAGCCCGAAGCGCCGCCUUACGACCAAACCCUGGAGAGUAAAGACCGUACUUUAGAGGAAUGGAAAGAGUUGGUGUUUACAGAAGCAAACAGCUUCAAAGGCGCCGCCGGCAAGACUGAUAGCCUUCAAGUGGAGCAGUGACGGAAUGCACAAGUCGGCACAUUUUACAAAAUUUAAGGUUCAAUCCGAAAGUUGCUUCCUCUUAUGAUUCCCUUCUGCGAGACUGAAAAGAGGAACUCCCGCUGGUGAUUCAUACAAGAAAGCAACUUUCCAUCAGUGUUUACGGACUACACACAAAGACAAAACGCACGCUAGGAUUUCCAAAGUAAGAAUACGACACCAUCUGGUUCCUCACGAUUGCGCCCUUUUCCAUUCAUGUUUAAAUGCCUGACUGCAGUUUAGUACUUAGCCUGCAUACUGCAUGAGUGUACCUUAUCAGCGUAUUCAAACGGUACCAUAUAAUACAUUAAAGGGAAAUUGUAACCAUAUUAAAUCAUAGAAACUGAAAAUAAUCUACAGUUUACAGAGACGUAAACACCAACUGUGCUUUUAAUUGUGUUACAUAUAGUAGUCAAAUAAGUAUUUAGUCA